CAGUCGCUUUCCCUCUAUCUUCAAAGCAGAUUCCAAAUCACCUCCAAGAUGUGCGGCACCGACUGCUUCCUAAUGCUCCUCUCCUUUCUCUUCCCCCCGAUCGGAGUCUGGGUAAAACGCGGUAUCUGCAGCGCAGAUUCCCUCAUCAAUCUUUGCCUGUGCUGUCUAGGCUACCUCCCCGGUCUCAUCCACGCCUGGUACAUCAUCCUCCAAUACCCCGAAGUAUACGAGUACGAAGGCCUGCAAGACCGCGAGCAUGGCGGAGACGGCUCGGUAACCUACUACUACGUCGCGCACGGCCCGGUGCCUCCUCGUCAAGGCGGACAAACGGUUUACGGGACUGUAGGAAGCCAGCCAAGUGCUGGACAGUUCCCAGGGCAUGAGACGGGCGUCGCGAAUGCGUUCCCGCAACCGCCGAAGGACGUCCAGCCUCAGCAGGGUGUUGCUGGGCAGGAGAUUAAUGGGGGUGCGGAGGGGAGUGCAGGGCAGCCCAGCGGACCGCCUCCGACGUACGCGGACGUGAUCAAGGGGGACCACAAGGUGCAGAACCCGUAG